GAUGCAAUCAAAAAUUCCUCUUCAAACGUCGCCGCUGCACACGUGGUGUUAGUCGUCGAAGUACAUCCACCACUGUGUCCACGUGCCAAGACAAUUUCAAAAACGCUUCAACAGCUCUCGAUCAAGCGAGCAGAGAUGUUGCGGUUGCUGCAGCUGCGGCGGAUAAUCAGUAAUCCGGCGGCGGAGAAAGUACGUUUGAGCAGCAGCUUAAGCGGCAACGGAGAUUUUCCAAUCUUAAAAGGUCACAAAGCGGCUCAAGACUUGUCCAAAGACACUCUAAAGUCCCAUGAGAUAACCAAAGACAAAGAAGGCCAACACCAAGUGGUUAAAAAGGAGUUCAAGAUUUACAGGUGGAACCCUGACAAGCCAAACACUAAACCGUUUCUUCAAUCUUUCUUGGUCGAUCUUUCCACUUGUGGUCCCAUGGUGUUGGACGUGUUGCAGAAGAUAAAAGCAGAGGAAGAUGCGAGUUUGAGUUACAGAAGAUCAUGUAGAGAAGGAAUCUGUGGAUCUUGCUCGAUGAACAUCGACGGUACUAAUACCGUCGCAUGUCUUAAACCUAUAAACUCCGAUACGUCGAAAGCCACCAUUAUCACUCCCUUACCACACAUGUACGUCAUCAAAGAUCUAGUCAUCGACCUCACUAAUUUUUACCAACAAUACAAAUCAGUGGAGCCAUGGCUAAAGACAAGGAAGCCCCCAAAAGACAGACGUGAGCACCGACAGUCACCAAACGACCGGAAGAAGCUAGAUGGGUUGUACGAAUGCAUACUAUGCGCAUGUUGCACCACAUCAUGUCCUUCUUACUGGUGGAAUCCCGAGGAGUUUCCAGGACCCGCCGCUCUACUACAAGCUUACCGUUGGAUCAGCGACAGCCGUGACGAGUUUAGAGAAGAGAGGCUCCAGGCGAUAACAGAGGAUGAAAGGAAAGUGUAUCGAUGCAGAGCAAUCAAGAACUGUACGGCCACUUGUCCUAAAGGACUUAACCCAGCUAGUGCCAUUUUGAAGAUGAAGGCCAAGCAUAUACUCCCUGAUCCGGUCAAGAGGGUCGAGAACGUUUAGCCGGACCAUGACUCGGUCCUGUCCGGUUAUUAUACCUAUGUAAAAGCCUCUCUCUCUGGUUAGGCAAUUAAUGUUUGAAUAUGUAUCUCCUUUGUUGAUAUAACGUUUUGAGAAACAUUAGUCCUUUUGUUACAUUAAAGGAAACUACGUGCUCA